AUGGUGUACAAUUCGUUGACCGAGGCUCCUCGCAACCUUAAGGAGUGCAUUGACUGGCUGGUGGCCCUCAAGGGAACUUCCAAAUUCAACACGCAGGCUUUAGGUUUUGCGCUUUACAAAUUUCUCGUAGACAAGCCUGUUGGUACGUUGCUUAUACCAUCUCUCGAGAAGGUUAAACGUCUUUCUAAAGAGUUCCUGGAGCACGAGGAUCUUAGGAACAGAUCGUACGUAAAAGACCUGCUCAGUAGAUUUAAGGAGCCCAUGAAUAAAGACCACUACAGGCUUCGUGCUAUGGUUUCUGAUAACACGGAAAGCGAUUAUGAGAACUUCGUAAAGUCCAGGGGUUUCACCGCUGACGACAUCGCUAGAAACGUACGUGCUAUUGUGUCUAAUUGUGAGAUUAUCUUGGAAAAUGUUAAAAACCCUGACCAGUAUAAUUCCGCAUACAGUUCGGAAGCGACAUGGGCUGCAUCGUGCUCUAAAAACCCGGAGGCUUGCGCAGUGAUCCUCGUUGGUAUUGCACCAAUGUUGUACGCAGGCAUAGAAUCUUUGAGGGAUGAGACCGAAUAUGCAAAUAGGACCGAACAGAGUGAGACGGACAAAGAUUUUAGAAAGGUAUUGAAAGCCUUAGGUUACGUAGAGCCGGAAUACCGCGAUGGCCUGAGUCGUUCAGAUGUCUGCAAAGCGGUGACGAAUAUGCAUCCACGAAUAUUGCCGACAAUCUACGACGUCGCCGGCUUCUGGGCUUUCUAUUGA